UUGACGAGCUGCUUUCAUGCCCAACGGACGUUGCAGAAAGCGAAGAGAACUGAACUGAACUGAACGAAAAUAAAGCAAAUGACAGACAGAAUCAACAGCUAGCUAAUAAUACAACAACACAAUACAUUAUAAACUAUAAUAGAAUUAAAUUAAUUCGCUUUGCUUGGCAACAAUUCAACUACACCAUAUUUCGCGAUUCGUCUUCUCUUUUACGGUUCGCGCAUUGAAAGCAAAAGUUAUGUGAUAAGCAAUUUAUGCGUGUGCUUUUUUCGCAGUGAAUUUAUCCUGCGUGCUUGUGCGUGUCUAAACGUGUGUGUGGUAGUGUUAGUGUUUGUGUGUGAGCGCCAAUAACUGCGCAGGACGCGACGGGAAAAGCUCCUUUAUCAGUGAAGAGCUGCUGCUGCACAGCAGCCUGUUUGUAAUCAGACACAUCAAGACAAGGUCAAGAAAACAGCUGGCAAGAUACAAAAUUCAAAAUAGAAACCAUUCUAUAAACACGAUUCGGUUUGUGAAAGGAAUUGAAUUAUAAUUGGCGUAAUUUAUUAAAAAUAAAAGAACAACGUAAUUGUGUAUCAUUUUUUUAUUUGACGACGACGCAACAAAGAGCACAAGCAACAAAAUGUCUUCCAUGGCUGCAUUUGAUCAAAUUAAAAUUGGACUCAAAAUGGUCGACUUCAAGGUCCAACAGCGUCGUUAUCGCACAAGCGAAAAGACUGUCGUCAGCACCACAUAUGGUCCCAUCAAGGGGGUCAAACGUAAGUCCAUCUAUGGACAAUCCUACUUCAGCUUCGAGAAAAUACCCUUCGCCAAGCCGCCCAUCGGUGAAUUGCGCUACAAGGCGCCGCAGCCGCCAGAGAUUUGGACUGAAGUCAAGAGCUGUACCUCUCAAGGCCCGAAGCCACUGCAGAAGCACUUUGUAUUCGAGAUGACAGAUGGUUCCGAGGAUUGCCUCUAUCUGAAUGUCUACACAAAGAAUUUAUAUCCCACAAAACCCAUGCCUGUGAUGGUAUGGAUUUAUGGCGGUGGCUUUCAGUUUGGCGAGGCCUCAAGAGAAUGCUACAGUCCCGAUUACCUGCUUCGCGAGGAUGUCGUUGUCAUCUCCAUCAACUAUCGCCUCGGUCCACUAGGUUUCCUUUGUCUCGAGGAUCCCGAAUUCGAUGUACCCGGUAAUGCAGGACUCAAGGAUCAAGUGCUGGCGCUGCGUUGGGUCAAGGCCAACUGCUCGCGCUUUGGCGGCGACUCCAGCAAUAUCACGAUCUUCGGCGACAGUGCAGGCAGUGCCUCAGUGCAUUACAUGAUGAUCACGGAACAGACGCGCGGUCUGUUUCACAAGGCCAUCUGCAUGUCGGGGAACACGCUAUCGCCUUGGGCCGUAACACCGCAACGCAAUUGGCCCUAUCGCUUGGCUGUCCAGGCUGGCUACACGGGCGACAAUGUGGAACGUGAGGUUUGGGAGUUCUUGAAGAAUGCCAAGGGUUCGGAUAUCAUCAAGGCGAACGGCGAACUGUGCAUCGAUGAAGAGAAGAAGGAGCGCAUUGGCUUCUCCUUUGGCCCCGUGAUUGAACCUUACGAAACCAGCCACUGUGUGGUGCCCACGAAGCCCAUUGUCAUGAUGCGAACUGCCUGGAGCAAUAGCAUACCUCUGAUACUGGGCGGUGUCUCGAACGAGGGACUGCUGCUCUACUCGGAGACAAAAUCGAAUCCCAAAUGCCUCAACGAGCUCGACGACUGUCGCUUCGUGGUGCCCAUCGAACUGGGCAUGGAUCGGGAGAGUGCGUUGUGCAAGGAAUACGGUGAGCAGCUGAGGCAGUGCUACUAUGGCGAUAAGACGCCCAGUCUGGACACGUUACACGAGUACCUGCAGAUGGUCUCGCACGAGUAUUUCUGGUUCCCCAUCUAUCGCACAGUAUUGUCGCGCAUGGAGCACGCACCUGGCGCACCCACCUAUCUGUAUCGCUUUGACUUCGACUCGAAGCACUUUAAUCAUCUGCGCAUUCUCAGCUGCGGCAAGAAGGUGCGUGGCACCUGCCACGGCGACGAUCUCUCCUAUCUCUUCUACAAUUCGCUGGCGCGCAAACUGAAGAACCACACAAGGGAAUACAAGUGCAUCGAGCGACUCGUAGGCUUGUGGACGCACUUUGCCACCUUUGGCAAUCCGAAUUUCGAUCCCGAUCAGUCUGAGCUGUGGCAGCCCAUCUCUGGUGCGGCGCUCGAGAAGCAUCAGCUGAAGUGCCUUAAUAUAUCCGACGAUCUCAAGAUCAUCGAUGUGCCCGAUCUGCGCAAAUUGAUGGUCUGGGAGAGCUUCUUUCGCCGCGACGAGCUGCUGUGAAUAAUCGAGUGCAUUGAUUGUUAUCAUCUGGGGGUCUUUACUUAGCACUUACCACUUAGCACUUAGCACCUAUCAUUAUCGUUACCAUUAGCUUUAUGUUUAAAACCAAUGCAAAGCUUAGCUUUAGAGCUUUACCAUCUGACAACUGAUGCAGUUACAGUCACAGAUACAAAUACAGAUACAGAUACAUCUACUAUACAUGUUGUUAAGUUUGUCCAUGAUCAAAACUCUAUUUAAGCCUGUUAAAGUUUGAACAGCGUCUCUAAGAUCAUGUUGAAAUCCACUAUUGAUGUUAGUUAUAGUACAUAUUGAAUUGAUUUCAAGUAAGUCGCAACAAAAGUACCUUUUGAUAGAGCCAACAGCAGGGGAAUUCUCCUUUUCAAAAAUUAUAAAAUCAAAACAUUCAUUUAUGUAUCGCGCACAGUGCUAAAAAGUCUGUCAAGGUCGACAUUUUAUAAAUUAUAGUUCAUAUUACAGUUCUCUCUCAUACGUACAUAUAAGAAGACAUUACACAAGUUCGUAAUGAUGCGUUGGGUAGACAACCCCUCAUUAGCUUUAAAGUCAACCUGCGAAGGCUUUUGAAUAAAUGUUUAACCAUUUUUGUAAUUACAUAAGUACAAUAUAAUUUUUGGAAAUGUAUUUUUUUUAGCAAAACUCGUCCAAGUUUUACAUAUUUAGGAAUAUGAUUCUUGUUAACAGAGAACGCGAUAUACUAUGCAUAUAUGUAUAUUAUAUAUGAAUAACUAAACGCCACAAAUUUAUAUAGGAAACUUAAACAAA